CCCACGUUAUAUAAACGCACUGCAUCUUGUAUAAUGGUUAUAAUGGCUUCUACACCCUAUGUAGUGCACCUAUAAGUCAAGUAGGGGGUAUUUGGGAUGUAACCGUAGAGUUAAUCAGCAUAUGAUUAAAUAGCUGCACCCCACCACAGCUUUACCUCAUCACACAGUCUGAAGAGAGAGAAGGAGAAAAACCCAGCCCAGUUCCAGCACUGCAGACAUGGCCACUACAGCAGAGUCAUUGUGGGAGGACCAGAGUGCCUUUGAUUAUGAUUAUGAGAUGCUGCGAACCACCGGGGUUAUUCUCGCUGUGGUAAUGUUUGUAUCCGGAAUCCUCAUAGCCCUGAUUCAAGUCCUGUGGAACAGCCUCAACCCCCCAAAACAGAAGUACCUGCUCAGUCAGUAUAGAGACUGCAAUCUAUGCCCAAGGAUGCUCCUAAGAAUGUGAGGAGAGCUGCAUGGGAUCAGUCGCCUUUUUAAUUUACACUGGAUUUGGAGGCUUCCUACUUCUUUCUUUGUAAAACUCCUAUAUCAUAUCUGUCAAAGUUUAUUCACGACUUUUUUUUUUUUUGGCAGGUUAUUACAUAUUAACGUUCAUAAUUUGAUACUUACUCACCACUGAUUGGCUAUUAUGCGCACAAACAUAACUGUUGAUUUAGUGGAAAGGAUGUUUGAGGGAUCACAUUUUUAUUACAAAUCUAAAAAUAGGAUUUCAGUAGUAGUCUACGAGAUUCACCAUAACAUUGACAGCAUUUCAGCUUAUGUUUGUCUUGUUCACUCGCUCUUCCUGUCCUGUUCUCAUGUGUGUUCACCACCUCCAGUUUAGCAGCAUGACUCUAUCCUAGUUCUGUAUAACAUACCAGCAUUUUUAAAAGGUCAUAGCUUUGGCAUACUAACAGUGUCAUUUGGGAGUUGACCAUAAUAUGAUCAUACGCAAAUAUAUGACUGUGCAGGAAAAAAAAAAAUCCUGGCAACCUUUACCACAAUGCUUCUACUAUAGAAUGUAAAUGCUUGUAUUCUGAUAUUUAUGAUUAGCAUGUUUAAAAAAAAAAAAAAAGGCAUGUCAAAUAGUAAAGCAAAAGAAAUUUUUGUAAACCUAACUACAUUUGGUUUCUAAACAUUAUGUAAACGAAAUAAAAAAAUUACAAAAU